UCAAGUUCGGGCUCGAAGCAGCACGCACAGAUCUCAAAGCACUCCGAACACCUUAGUUCAUCCUCCUCCACAUCUCUCGAAGCGGCUACUGCGCGAUCCAACGGUGGUUUGCGCGAGGAAGGUGAUUCCUUCUUUCGAGCGAAAGUUGGAACCCUGUCCAUCAAGAUCAUUCCAUUCUGGGGAAGGAUUUUGUCUUGAAAAAAAAAAAAAAAGAAGGAAAAAGCGAAGGCGAAGGAGAGAGGGGCAUGGAGUGCGCUGCGAGGGGCAGGGGAGAGCCGUGCGCCCCUGGCCCGCCCACCCGUCGCUGUGGCCUCUGCGGUGCCGUGGCUUACUGCUCCCCCUCCCACCAGGCGUUGCAUUGGAAUGAACAUAAAGAAGAAUGUGCAAGGCUUGAAGAACACAUGAAACAUGCAGAUUUGUUGAAUGAUUUUCCCUUCACAUUCUCCAUGGAAGCUACACGCUCGGUCACGAGAUGCUCUUUUUUAAUGUCCAAGGGUCUUCACCAAAUUGGGCUAUGGAAAUCAGAAUGCAGCUGUAAACCAACAGUGGUUUCUACCAAUUAUUCAUGGAUGGUUGAUGAUUGGAAACUUCCAAGUUCCCUAUGCCCAUGUACUGAACCGAAAAGUACAUUAUCAACUUGUUUGAGGAGUUGGAAAGAUUAUUAUGAAUGGCGAUGCCUUCCAUUCCAUUCACCAGUUGCUUUAUUAUUGCAUUGGCCACUUACCAUAUACCACUGUUAUCAACUCUUAGCUAUUCAAAGUUUAAUUUCGGAAGUUGGCAGCAGAUUGUGCAUACAUUAUUUAGGUCCUGAUAAAGAGCUUUGGCAACUUGCGGUGUUUGGAGAGUUGCGCGCACUUUUUCCUGGUGUUCAGCUGCAAAUAGAACUUGUUGGACCAGCAGUUCCACAAUUUAUGGAUGGCAUGACGUUUGAGCUUUGCAAAUAUGUUAAUUGUUCUGAGGAGAGCUGCCCAUGUAGAUCUUCAUGCAUAGAUUCUGGUACGGGGGGAUCAAAUGGACAAACAUCUAAAGUGACGCUAAAACUUCACAAAGGUUUCUAUCAUGACAGAUAUAUUGAUAUAAUAAAGGAUUCCUAUCCUCAGCUGAUUGUUGCACCAAAUGCUGGUGUUGCUGCUUAUGCCAAUUGGUUACCAACAAUUAAACUAAUCAAGGAGAUGGGUGUCCCAGCAGUAUUUUCUGACUUCUGUGAGGAAGCUGCAUAUCUUGGUGCCCGUUGCAUAAGCACUACAACUUGUCAACCUCUCAAGCUGCCAAUUCAGAUAAAUCCAUUCAGGCAGCCGAUGGAGGUGGUAGAUAGUGCCUUAUAUCUCCCCUGCUAUUCAAAUUGCUUUCUCUUUGGCAUUUGAUGUUAUGGAAGUGCGACAUGUGACGCCAGGAAGAUCUACGAAGAAAACAGGAAUCUGAAUUUAUUGCAUUCUAUUUCUUGGGCUGCAACUUCUGUUGGGUUAGUAGGUUUGUCUUUGUUGGUGUCAAAGCAAAUAUAUCAUAGUGGUAGCUGUAGGGCAGUCCCUUAAUCUGAAGGGAACCAGAGUUUCAUGCAACUAGUCCAUACGAGUCCUUUUUUUGAAAAUUUGUGCAGUCCUAAUUCUUCAGUUAUGCGUCUGUUGGAUUAUCAUCUGCAAAUAGUGCUCCACUCUCAUGGAAGAAUAAUACAAGAUGCAAGAAUGGACUAGUUUACCAUUUGCUUAUUUUUUGUGGUGAUGUCAAGAUGCUUAAUUUUUCAGAUGAUAUACAUUUUUUUUAGUAGAAUUUUU